AUGCCCAACUUCCUCGCCGCCGACAAUGGCGAGUCAAGCAGGAGCCGGAGCAGGCAGAGGGCGAGGACCGAGGUCGGUGAGCACAGGAGCGUGUGGGAUCGAUUGAGCUUUCAGAAGAUAGGCAGCUGGCUGAAGAGGGACGAGGACCCGCCAUCGCCGACCAAGGACGCUGCCCAGACGGUACAUGACGAGGACAACGCGAGGCCACACUCCAGCGGAGAGCAUGCGGCCACGUUAAGACACGGCGGGCUGCUGAACCGACGGUCGAGCAGGAAGGUCGUUCCCGGUCUGCCGAGGCCGCUCACCUUCAAGAGAAUGAAUAGCGAGAAGAGGGAGAAGCUGCUCGAAGUUCCCGUCUCCCCCGAGCAAAGACGAGCAGCUUCCGCCGACCGACGAGCAUCGAGCGGCCUGCAACGACAACUCUCGCCGCCUCCCGUGGCCGCUCCCUCCAUGUCCGCUCCCGAUGUCCUCAGUCCGCCCAAUAGCGAAGUCGAACACAGGCCCCACUCCACGAUAGGCGGCGAACCAGACUCGAACAUUCCGGCCGGGUCACGACAGGUCGAUUACGGUUUGGAGGAGAGCAUAGAUUACUUGGCUACGGAAGAGCCCCCUCCUUUGUCCAUCGCUGGCGAUUCGUACAUGGAAAGAGAAUCGCUGCGCUCGACAUCAGACGUGGAUGACCUGCAGCUGCAGGAGGAGCUGGAAGCGAAAUGGAUACUCAACCUGAGUAUGCACUUCCGCGACAUGUCAGAUCGAGAGAAAUUCUUCAUCACAUUCGCUGAGGAGCCGAACAAGUGGAGAAGGGUCACUGUUUCGAUUGACUACCGCGAGCUUGGGCCCGAAUCGCUCGAGGCCGACCUCAAAAGUCUGCACUAUCAACGAGAUAAGAGCGCAAGGAUCUACGAAUCUAUCCGCGACUCGCUGCCAGACAUACAAUUCUAUGAGACGGUUACUAAUCUUAAGCUCCAGACUGCAGACGGACGCCUUCACGUUCAUGUCACCGAGGACGUCAAUGAAAUCAUACCGUAUCCCUCUCUAUCUGCUUUAGACCAUCUCGAUUGCAAGCGAUUCCGAGAACGCGCCAUUUGCUUUGACUCGCACAUUUCUGGCUUUGUGUACAAAGUCUCCGUGGGCAACAAAAUGUACAUCAAAAAGGAAAUACCUGGCCCAGAUGCUGUAGAAGAAUUCCUUUACGAGAUCAACGCCUUGUGCAGCCUAUCCGAAUCCAAAUCGGUCAUCAAGUUCGAAGGCAUCAUUGUGGACGAAAAGAGUGAGCUCAUCAAGGGAUUGCUUAUCAGCUAUGCGGAACAAGGUGCGCUUGUCGACCUGAUCUAUGACUUCAAAAAUUCGGAGCAAAUGAGCUGGGAGCGGCGCGAGAAAUGGGCCAAGCAGAUCGUGCAAGGCCUGUCCGAGAUUCACGAAGCUAGCUUUGUGCAAGGUGACUUUACCCUCUCCAACAUCGUCAUCGAUCAUGAUGACAACGCCAAAAUUAUUGAUAUAAAUCGACGUGGCUGCCCCGUUGGUUGGGAACCUCCAGAGCUCGCUCGUCUGAUUGAAAGCGGCCAACGCAUCUCAAUCUAUAUUGGCGUCAAAUCCGAUCUGUUCCAACUUGGGAUGGUACUGUGGGCUCUCGCAGCACAAGAAGACGAGCCUGAACGACAAGAGAGGCCAUUAGCCAGGUCGCUGAACAGACACAGCACUGUGCCGGAGUACUUCAAGAGCAUGGUCGAAGCUUGCUUGAGCGACAGGCCUCGGGACCGACCCGCCGCAAGAGAUAUCCUUCAGAGAUUUCCCGACAGAAAUCCGGAACACAGACCGCCUGUUCCCAAUAGCUCGCGACCAAGUGUUUCCCCGCAUAGAGGUGACAAAGUGUAUAUUGAUCCCCGGACAGCCGUUGGCCUAGACGACAUCCCUCCACGAACACGCCACUCGCAUUCUCGCUCUUCUUACUCACACGUCAACAUGCCGUCUACGGAAUACAUUGGAUCAUCCGGAUCUUACAUUUUGCCAAGCUCCACCGCAGCUCGCGGUCGAUCUCCGAAUGGGCCACGAAGUGACAGCCAAAAUCGGCGUUUCGAAUAUUCGCCUUACCCUGCACCACGCUCAGUCAUGUCACUCGAUGAUUCCGAGCUCGAGAAUGAACUCGCCAGUCUGCCCGCUAGCCGAGAAACAAGAUGGGAGCAGGUCUACGUGGACGGCGACACCAAACUGGUACAGAGGGGCUGCGCAGAGAUUGAUGUGCAAGACUUCGCCAUCCAAGAGCCUAAAGAUGUCUGCAUUACCACACCGCCAGGCGAGCUUGACAACUCAUUGAUCGCCAGCAAGCAUUCUGAUGAAACUUCGCUCUCCUUGACCACCGUUGCCGCGCUGCCAACGUACGACUCUCAGCAUUCGGCGCAAGCUACGGAGGCAAGGGAUGGAAGUCAUAGAAGAAGUAUCGAGAACAAGGCCUCCUUUAGCGAUCGCAUCCAUCAACUUGCUGAUCUCCCCGCAUCUGAUGAGCGUGCCGCGCAGAUACCUAACCCCACUGCUCUGACUGAGCUCGAGAACGAAUUAGGUUAUUAUUCGUCUGUUCCCUCUUCUGCAGCUCCUUCCCGCGUCGGAACAGGCUUUUCUGAGAUCUUUUCACGACCUACACACAAAGAUUCUGGCUUCAGUGAGCCCUUACUAGAGCGUCCUAGCUUUGAUAACGAGCGCGUGCGACAGAGCCUCGAAGCUACCAUGGCCAAUAUCAAGGUUCCACACCCAGAAGCACAGCGCGUCAACGAGCAGUUGUGGGACGAGAAAGGAGGUGUCGCAAUUGGGAAUGGUGUUAGAGGCGAGCAGCUGGUCCUCAGAGCAGAAGCCCUACCCCCAGCCCAGACAGCUUCAACCCUCAAGACUUUUGAACACGAAGCCAAACACAAGCCACUAGAGGAAAAGCUAUCUGAUACCACAAUACGACCGCCUGGCAUCCUGAUACCGGAUUUUCAUCACGCUGUCCCGAGAGCGGCAGAUGCGAGCCCACCCAUAUUUACACCUGCCUCAUCACACCGCGCAGCACCAACAGGACCACUAGCCUCAUCAUACACGUCCACCUCAUCAACUUCGAGAUCCAUGUGUUCUUUCGAUGCAACCCCAAAAGUUUGA